AUGUCCAGGAAACGGGUGGCCAUCGUCGGUUCUGGCUGCUCAGGCAUUGCUGCACUGUGGGCCCUGAAGUCAACAGCUCACGAUGUAUACCUCUACGAAGCCGCCGACCGUUUCGGAGGACACACCAACACAGUGGACUGGCGACGUGGUAAAUAUACUACCAAGGUUGACACUGGUUUUAUUGUCAUGAAUACCGCAACAUAUCGUGAGACACAACCCCGCCUCCCCAGCAUGCCCUCGAAUAAGGCUCCCAACUUUCUGAACUUUCUCGGUGACAUUGGUGUGGCCACUGUACCUACGCAGAUGACUUUCAGCGUCUGCCGCGAUCGGGGGUCUUUUGAGUGGUCUGGUAGCAACUUGGAUGCGCUCUUCUGCCAGCGCCGCAAUCUAUUCUCUCCACGUAUGUGGCGUCUCGUAUUUGAUGUCUUCCGUUUCAACCAGUUCGCACUGGAUCUCAUCAGAGACGACUACGACUCGCCACAUGAGGGCGCAUCCGACGAAUCCAUUGGAGAGUAUCUUAUACGCGAGGGCUACUCAGAAGCCUUCCGAGAUGACUACCUCAUUCCCAUGACCGCCGCUGUGGAAUCACCAUCUUCUGUCGACCGUGGCCCGCCGCCCUGA